GAGGAAAAGAGAAGCGUCGGAGGAGGAGAGCACAGCAGAGAGGGAGAGAGGACCAUCCGGGCUGCCUCCUCUCCUUCUCGGGGAGCCUUUCCUGGAAGAGGCGCGCCGCGCGGGUGUCAGUGGCGAUAAGGCGGCCCUUAUCUGGUCGGCGCAGGAGUGGCAUCGCGGACAGGAGGAGGUCCCUCCCCAUCUCAGUCCGGAGAGAAAGAGAGGCGAGACCUCCAGGGCGCUCGCCCCGCUUCAUUCCGCCAGGUGUGCCUUCGGAGGAGAUGUAGGAAAGAGCUGCAGACUUGUUAACCAGGAAUUAUGUCCAUGAAAUUGACAUUUGUCUCCCCAUCUGAUGGGGGAAGAAUCAACAGGAGCUGUUCCUUUGCCGGAUUCAGCAAUGCCCACAACCGAAAGCUAACAAAGUCUAUCAGCAAAGGUUCGACAAGGUCCAAAACGUCCCUAAAGUCUGCCAAGAUGUAUCCUUCCCUCCAGAAAGGGACAUUCAUCUGGGAUCCCAAGCCUCAACAAGUGAAGAAAGUCUUUGAAGCUUUGAAGAAAGGACUCAAUGAUUAUCUGGAAGUGAAACAGGCAGAACUGGAUUAUCUGUUGGAAUGCCAUAAGGACACAAGAAGGAACUCUAGGCUGGCUUUCUACUAUGAUUUGGAUAAGCAAAUUCGUUAUGUGGAAAGAUAUAUCAGGAAACUGGAAUUUCACAUAAGCAAGGUUGAAGAAUUAUAUGAAGCAUACAGCAUCCAAUGCAGGCUACGAGAUGGUGCUUCGAAUAUGAAACAUGCCUUUUCCUUGUCUCCUUCCACUAAAGCAUCAAGGGAGAGCCUGGUAGAACUUUACAAGAAUCUCCAAGAAUGCACAGAGGAUAUGUGUUUGAUUGAGGGGACACUUGAAGUGCAUUUGGGAGAAUUUCAUUUAAAGAUGAAAGGGUUGGUGGGUUAUGCACGUCUCUGCCCAGGGGACCAGUAUGAGGUAUUUGUACGACUUGGCCGACAGAAAUGGAAAUUAAAAGGCAAGAUUCUGACAGAUGACAGUCAGACGUGGGAUGAGGAGGAAAAAGUUUUUAUUCCUAAUCUCCAUGAGAAGUUUGAAAUCAAGGUCACAGAAUUGCGAGGACUGAGCACCCUCCAGGUUGGUGUGGUGACCUGUGACAGUAUAGACUUCUUCACAACCAGACCUCAGAUCAUCGUUGUAGAUAUAACUGAGCUAGGUACCAUCAAACUACAGUUGGAAGUUCUCUGGAACCCCUUUGACAACGAGAGUGUAAUUUUGUCUCCGGGAUCCACUGCUAAGUUCUCUGUUGGGAGCAGAAAAAACUCCAUAUACAGCUGGACUCCACCAAACACGCCCAGUUUCCGAGAGAAGUAUUACCUUUCUGUAUUGCAGCCAGGGAGAAAACAAAUGGAUAUCAAAGACGAUGCCCAAGAUUCCUGUAUCCUGAGCUACUUGGCUGACUGUGAUUUUAGCAUGCACCAAAGGUCUACUAGCCAUAGCUUCACAGAAACGGCUGAAGGCAGCUCAUUUAGUUCUGAGGAUCAAAAAGGGACAGAGAGCAGAAAUGUGACUCCACCCUCAAAUCAAAGGACGUUGCCAUUGUCUAUGCUGCAGGACGGUUGUGCAGAAAGGGGGCAAUGGAAACUUUCUCUGAGCCACCCUCUCAGUCAUAGAACUCUAGACAUCCUUCAAGAAACACCACAUGCUGACACUACUGCCACUGUCUCAUCAUGCCUGUUGGAUCAGGAGACAUGUGAUAGCAAAUCCAUCACCAGGGACUGGAGUCUGUCUUCAGCUCAACAAAGAAAGGUCCUUUCUCUUGGCCAAAACAGCUUGAAGGACAAUGCUGGUGCUGAGCAUGGUAAAAAUACCAGAUCUAUUGAGAAGAUCCUGCAAGAAGUGUUACAUUUGCUGGAAUCACAGCACUCAUGUCCCAUCCAAUUGAAAGAACUGGAAUACCAGAUUUUGUGUAUCCGGGAGAAAUUAAAGCCAAAAAAGUACCAUCCAAAACACUCCUCUGUUGAGAGCUUGAUGGUGGAGACAGUGCUGGAAAGCUUUGACUUCCUCAAUGCUGACUGCAGUGCGGAUGAGCUGUCGUCCUUCGGGAGUGUAAGGGCUUGCAGUAUCAGCACCUACAACGAUUCCACGCUGGCAUCCCUGUACUAUGAUACCAAAGUAGAAAAGAAAGAGCUAACAACAGGAACAGAUGACCUAGACACACUUCUGGAAGUUCAUCUGCAGUUCUGCAGAGCUCUUUUACAGAAACUGGUCAUGCCAAACUUAGCUCCAGUUGUGCAGGAGAGUCUUUUGGAAGAGGUAUCACAACAGAAACACAUUCUGGAAAUAAUCUCUGCGCUGGCUGCUCCUGUACCACGGAAUCUAACAUCUGUUGAAGAAAUUAUUCAAAAAGCUAAAAAGCAGAAGCGCUGCCUGAAGAUCUGGAGCGAGUGUACUGAACAGGGAAGCAUUUUGUUCUGCCCAGUGGAAAGAUUUCGGAACCCCUUGAAAUAUAUAUUGAUGUUCAAAACAAAAGAGAAAUAUCAAAGACAUCUAGAAAAAGUUCUGCAGAUGUUCCUGGAACAGAUAGUUGGAGGCAGCCUGUUCUUUCCUUCAGCAGACCUCCCAGCUGAAUCGGUGACAUUGUUUCAGUUUUACAGCUACCUGGAGAAACACCAUGUGAACAACUUAGAAAAAUAUUUGACUAGGUUUGCUAAAGAAGUCAUAUUAACAGAAGACCUGCAGCGUCCUGGGAGAGUGAAGAAAAUAAAGAAGUUGAAAGGGAAACAACUAAAUCAGCUCCAGCCCCUGCCUAAGACCUUGCAACUCCUGGCAGCUCUGCAGCUUGAUGAAAACCACCGAGUGGGCAAAGCAGCCUCCUUGUGUCUUUCUCGUGCGGUGGCCAACAGGAAUUUCAGGGAAAAGGCUCUUCUUUUUUACACAGACCUCUUAAACAACGAAGAUGCAAAAUUACAGCAAGCUGCAUGUCUGGCCCUCAAAAACCUCAGAGGCAUUGAAAGUAUAGACCAAAUUGCCAGAUUGUGUCUAUCAGAAACAGAGGAUGUGAGGAAUGCUGCCAGAGAAACAACUCUUUCAUUUGGUGAAAAGGGAAGACUGGCCUUUGAAAAAAUGGACAAAAUCUGUUGUGAACUGAGGGAUACCAUGUACCUGGAAACUGAAAUUGAGAUUACAGUAUUUUGAACAGUAUUGUCAAGUGCGGCCAGCAGUUUGAGUUUACUUUUAUUAGCAUGUGAAGGUUCUACAGAGUGUUGAAGAAAAUAUAUAUUACAUACUAAAAACAAAGCCUUCAGAUGGGUUUUCUCAAAGCAUCAGCCCAGACAGAAAAUAGUGCUUUAACAUUUUAACACAGCUGGCAAGUAUAAAACUGCCUUGGUAACUCUGUUCUUACAACCAGAAACUAUUCUUAACUUUUUUCAAUGUCUCUAAUUAUCAGUUUUGCAAAUAACAACAACUAGAUCCUAUAAUGUAGCUGGAUUAAGAAGAUCUCACAUAUUGAAGUUCCCUUUAGUUGAUUUUUUUUUUGCACAGAAUAGAUUGACACAGACUUUUAAAAAACUUUGAGGAAACUGG